AUGGGUUCAUCUGCUCAAGAUGAUCACCAGGAUGAGAUCAAAAAGUUCCUUGAUGCAAGAUAUGUCUCGGCAUCUGAAGCCUGUUGGAGAAUCAUGUCUUUCCCUAUGCAUAAGGAAUACCCCUCUACACAGCGCCUGGAUAUCCAUUUGGAGAACGAUAGAAGGGUGUACUUUAACGAGAACGAAAGUUCUGACCAAGUCUUGAGUCGUACACUUCCAGAAACAACCCUGAAAGCUAGGUUCAAGUACAAUCUCGAAAAUCCUGAAGACAACGAAGCUAAGCAAACUUUGUAUCCAGACUUUUGUGAAAAGUACGAUUUUCAUAAACAACAGAACCCAAGAGUUUGGAGACCUAGACGUUCAGGUUUUGGUGGAGCCAUUGGCAGAGUCUACGCUGUAUCUCCAAAAGAUAUUGAAAAGUAUCAUUUAAGAAUCCUAUUGUAUCGAUUUCCAGGAGCAACAUCCUUUACCUACAUGCGAACGUACAAUGGCCGCGUCUAUCCGUCUUAUCAGGCUACUGCCAGAGCAAUGGGUCUUCUGCAAGAUGACAAUAAUGAAUGGAAUGAUACCAUGUCAGAAGCAAGCACCACUAUGUCACCUCAAAAAAUACGGCAACUCUUCCCCGAGGACUAUCUGUAUCGUAGGCAACAAAAGGCAAGAGCUCUGAAUCAACCUGUUCCCACUGAAAUAACAGAUGAGAUGUAUGGCCACUGCCUUCUUGAUUUGAAUCAAAUUUUAGUUGCCAACCAAUUUGAUUUGAAAACUAUGGAUGGUUUCAAGGACGUUUUCCCUACUGUUGAUACCAGGGAUACUCAUGCUUACCCUGAAGUCUCUACCCCGCUGGAAAGGAUGCAUGCCACUCUGCUAAUUGAAGCCUUGGAAGCUCCUGACCCAAACUAUUUGCCAUUCAAUCCAAGCCAAUUGAUAGCUUACAAUGCCAUUCAACGUUGCGCGUUAGCUGACGAAAACUAUGAUGCUGCACAAUCCAAACUGUUUUUUAUUGACGGGCCUGGCGGUACUGGGAAAACUUUCAUCAUCAAUGCUUUGUUAGAUGCCGUUCGCAAACAAAAUCAUAUUGCAAUUGCAGUUGCUUCAACAGGAAUGGUGACAUUACCUGAGGACAUUCCUUCGGAUUUUGUGCGUAUCCCAGAUGAAAUGUAUUUCAAUUCUACCAACUUGCUGGAUUUGCUAGCUGCUGUGUUUCCAAACAUCAGCAAUAGCUCAACGAUUGACCAAUAUUUUGCGAAACGUGUUAUAUUGACCCCGAAGAACCAAGAUGUCUCAGUCAUAAACAAUCUGCUACUUGACAACUUGCCGGGAAGAAAGUUCACUUAUUACAGCUAUGAUCAAGUCUGUGAUCCUCAGCUUCGAAUGCAGGUGCCUCUCGUGCUUCUCAACUCCAUAGAAUCUGGCUCUCUGCCUCCACAUGAAUUGGUUUUGAGAGUUGGGUCUCCAAUAAUGAUCUUGAGAAACUUAGAUCCUUCAGCUGGAUUAUGCAAUGGAACCAGGCUAAUCGUGAAAUCUUUGGGUGUUAGAAUAAUUGAAGCCACCAUUGCCACAGGGCCAAAAGCAGGUGACGUUGUGUAUACCCCAAGGAUCAAGUUUAUUACAGAAGCCAACGGUAGAAUUCCUUUCGACUUCAGUCGCACCCAGUUUCCUGUGAGAUUGGCCUUUGCCAUGACUAUAAACAAAUCGCAGGGCCAAACAUUAUCUAACGUUGGACUAUAUCUUCCCUCUCACGUCUUAUCGCAUGGUCAGCUGUACGUCGCAAUGUCAAGGGUCAAUAAGCCGUCAUCGAUAAGAAUCAUGGUUGAUCCUGAUAUUUCUGUACUGGAAAACCUACCUAGCCACUAUACACACAAUAUAGUAUACUCUGAGGUCUUUCAAUAA